CAACCCAACACUAGUAUCACGUACAACUUCGAAACCCUUCGAAAUGGUAGCAAGCGAUGCGGUGUAGGCCUACCGUGAUCAGUGAAAAAGGGGGACUAAUUGCCGUGCUGAUUUCAGCCUUCCAAGUUGCAGGAAACAAUAACAAAGUGACAUAAUUUUCUGGUGUUUUCAAGUUUCAGUUGGGACCACACACCUACCUUUCACAGAUUCAUCUAUGUACACAACCUUUAACCUGAUGCCCGUACAGUGCCAGUGAGGUGAUAAAUCUAGCUUACUUGUAACAGCUCUGUAUACUUUUUUCGAGGAGCCGUCGUCAUUAAUGUGAGGGAUUGAACGGUGUUUUCAGCCGAGAUGGAGGUCCCCCUGGGAAUGCCUAUUGAUAAGACUGUGACAUACGUCCAGGUACUCACAGUGUCUGAUGUAGCAGAGGCAGCUGCCCUCGUAGCCUCUGAGAUGAACCAGAACAACACCAACAAUCAGAUCAUGCAGAUUGUCACUUUGCAGACACCUAAUUCUGCUGCUGCUCUUACUGCUGCUGCUGGAGAAAUAGUGGUCUCAACUUCACAGGAUCUUUCUGCCACACCAAACAUCGAGACCAUGACAACAGCUGCCGCAAGCCCUGCAGACAGCAAGGCCAACAUGAUCCUGAGCAGCAACAAAACAACCACUGUCCUCCCAAAUGCCUCUUCGGGUGACGACAGGCUUUGCAUGAUCUGCGGUGACAGGGCAAACGGUGUACACUACAAUGUAUUGUCCUGUGAGGGUUGCAAGAGCUUCUUCCUACGUAGCAACAGAUCCGGAGCCACCUUCACCUGUGCUUCAGGAGGCAACUGUAACAUGGAUUUGUACACGAGGCGUCACUGUCCUGCCUGUAGGAUGAAGCGAUGCUUAGAGUGUGGCAUGAAGGUCGAAAGAGUGUGGGGCAAAGGACGCCUAAAAACCCGAAAACAGCUCAUAAGAGUAAAGCGAAAGAAGAAGGUACCAGGCAUACAUGCAGAUUCGGCCACCUCUCCUACUGUCGCCCCUCCCACUCCGGCACCGGCACCAGCUCCACCCACUCCAGCAGCAUCUUCCACCCCACCCCAGCAGCAGCUACCCAUGGCAACUGAAACAUCCCCGAGCUCCACCCCUUCAAGCUCACGGUCCAGUAGUCCUACAGCAAGCAGGUCAUCAGUAACAGUCACUCCUCCUACCCUGUGUGCCAACCCCAUCCCUCCCUCAGAUCCAACAGCCCAAAACAUGGCUCUUUUUUCGGACCCCUCUCAAAUGGCGUCCUGUGAUGGUGAGAUGUUGAUGAUGGAUUUGGACACUCCAGGAACGUCCACACAGACGCUGCUUACAUACGGUUCAACAUUUACUCGGCUUACUCAGGCCCAGGAACAACUGAUGUACACAUUGGAAAAAGGAUACAAUGCCUCAACAGAAGUUCUCAAGCAUCUAUCAAAAGAUGUGCCGUUGUUCAGGAUGACCCAUUGGAGCAAAUUCAAAGGAGGAGAAAGUGACACGCCCCUCAUUUCACAAGGAGAAGAGGAAGAAGAAGAUGACGAUAUGGACCAAUCAAAACCAAAGAAAGCCAAAGUGGAAGCACAAGACUCAAAUACUAAUGGAAAUUCUGUUCAGCAACAGCAGCAACCAGAAGCUGCAGCGAAUGGUGGAAAUGGAGUUGCAGCAUUGCCAAACAAUGAUCCCUUGGCCGUUCUCUCCUCAGCCACUGGUCAGAAUAUUGAAGUGAUUUAUAACUUGACUUCCUUAGCUACUGGUGGGAAGAUCAAAGACCCUGCCUCAGCAUUGGGUGUGUUAGCAUCAUCAGAGCAAGGUCUGAGGGUGAUUGAGUCCAUUGGAUCCCUUGUGCAGGGACAGGAUCUCAACUCGUUGAUCAGUCUGGCCAAAGUUGUGGGCCAGAUCAUUGGCAUUGGAGGAGGCUCCCUCAACGAUAAUCUUGCAGACACGAUUCUAGGGAGCAUUACUGGCUCCCUAUUGAAUAGCUCAAAUGAAAACACAGCUUCGGCAUUAGGUGGCAUAGGUGCACAGCUUGCCAUGAACGCUCCUUCAGCUUCUACAUCGAUACCAUCAGCUACCAGUCAGGAUCAGAAUGGGAACAGUGCAGAGCAAGCUUCAAUGCAUGAUGAGAUGAUGAACAAUGCAGCUGUUGCUAAACUUGCAUCCAGUGGAUUAGCAGAAGCCUUGGCCAUGCUGGCUGCCAUGGCAUCAUCGAGUCAAAACAAAGAAACUAUUGUAGAGAUGAUAAAGCGUGCAGCUGUGUCGUUGUUGAGAGGAGAGGACGAACCUCAAAUGAUGUCUUUUUCAUCCCCACCGACAUCAUCAUCCCCUGCGUCAAACAAUUUCUAUAUGCCAACUGAUGUCGGCGAGGAUGAAGUCAAGACAAGUCCAUUCCUCCAGUCCCUCCAAAGGGUCACGUCAUUUCUGACCAGCGGCAAGAUGAGCGCGGGCAAGAAGUCUUCCACCAAAGCCAAGCGCACGGUCAACAAGGAGAUGUUGCACAUAGCCAUGGACAUGUUUGCCGUCCUGGUCAAACAAACCAUUCACUUUGCCAAAAGCAUUCCUGGAUUUACGAACCUCUCUUGCGAUGACCAAGCCGUGCUCAUCAAAUCCAGCAUCGUGGACGCGCUGCUGUUGAGGUGUGCAGACAAUUAUGCGUUGGACAAAGAUUGCUUGGUCAACGUUACCAAUGGAGACAAGUUUGAUGUCCAUAUGAUGUAUCAGUUGGGCUUCUCUACCCUGCCUGAGGUGGUCUUUGAGUUCAUGAGGGACACCAAGGCCUGUGGACUCACCACAGCAGAGUAUGCACUCUUCACUGCAGCUGCCUUACUCUCACCUGAUCGGUCUGACCUGAAGGACAAAAAGACGGUGGAGGAGAUGCAGCUAGAGAUGAUCCUAGCCCUCCAGGCAGCUACCAAGGUCUUCCAUGCAGAUAAACCUUUCCUCUUCACCAAACUCAUCACCAAACUUACCACGUUACGAGACAUGUCCAUCCUCCACCUCAGCGAGAUCAUGGCUGUCAAAGUACAGGAACAGGACCUUAGUCCUCUUAUUGUAGAACUCUUUGGACUAGACUCGUGACACAGUGGACCACCAUCAUCAUUCACCUCAUUGAGAUAAUGGCUGCUGAGGUCUAGGAACAGGACCUUAGUCUUCUCAUUGUAGAACUCUUUGGACUAGACUUGUGACACAGUGGUCACCACUAUCAUUCACCUUAUUGAGAUCAUGGCUGUCAAAGUACAGGAACAGGACCUUAGUCCUCUUAUUGUAGAACUCUUUGGACUAGACUCGUGACACAGUGGACCACCAUCAUCAUUCACCGUAUUGAGAUCGUGGCUGUUGAGGUCUAGGAACAGGACCUUAGUCUUCUCAUUGUCUAUGUCUUCAUUCCGUUCUCUCCUGCGCCCUUUCCUUCCAACAGGAAUGAUAUAUAAUGAAGGCAUUUGAAGCCCUUCCAAAAGCCCAAAGUUAAAUUGCUACAUACACUGUACUUGUAAACAUAAUGCUUAAUAGCUCUAAAAGAUAAGAAAAAUAUAUACGGUAUAUAUAUAUAUGAUUGAAGUUGUAUAUUUCAUCUGAUGUCACUUCUGUGCCCUUACCCAUGGUCUAGUAACAUGGACCAUUUCAUUUCAUUUCAUUUCAUUUGUUCAUUUAUUUCCAUCUUCAUAUUUUAAAAAAAGAUUGUUACAAUAUUAUACAUUUUAAAAAAAUGGCAUGCAAUCAUACAAAUUCAGGCCAAUAUAAUACAUGUGAACAGUAUCAAAGAGACCAAACUAAGCAGUCGAAAAUGAGAAAAAAGGGAAACUAAAAUAAGACCAAAAGGCCUUGUAAAAUAAGUUUCCUAAAAGUAUAGAUAUUAUUUGUUUGUUCAACUUAUUCUGUUACUGAAAGACAUGUAACCAAAUUAAAAACAAACAGUGGAUAAAGACAUAAGCCAGAGGCUCAGAAAGAAGUUUAGGAUAUCUGGACUGGGAAAGCUAGAAAGGAAUCCUGAUCACUGUAGUGACUGAAAAACGGAAGUGUAAAAAUGAAUUAUUUGCUAGAAAUUCUGGCCUUGUUUCAUGCAAUAUUUGUUAUCCCUGUUCAUGAAAAGUAACAUACAAAUGAAAACAAGACAUGCAUAAACUUUGCAUUUAUGUGUUUUGAGGUUUCUAGUUACAAUAUUUAUGAAACAAGACCAUUUAUUUCUUUGAUGGGUACCUACGGUAAUGUGUGUGAUUAUAGCUGAGGAAAUGUCAUUCUGAAAGAGUGCAAAAAUAAUUGAUGAGGCAAACCUCUGGUUAUGCUCACUAAAAUUUAUGAUGGAGCUGUAUUAUUUAAAAAUUCUAAGCUUUGUGUUUAUAUUUUUGAUUUUUAUGUUACAUAUUCUUCUUCUUUUCUGAGAAAGGUGAUAGAGAGAGAGUGUUCCUCCCUCUAAAUGUUGACCUUUCUCUACUAAAACAUAUUGUGUGUUGGCAAUACAAUUUAAAAUAGAGCUGUCAGCUAACUGGCUAAUGUAAGAGUGAUGUUGUUAUUCCAUUCUAAAAGAAAUAUUAACACAGGUGUAUCAUCAUAAGCAGGAAAAGUGUUUUGGUAUUAAAAUUUCUUUGACCCUUUUUAUAUGCAUUUCUACAUGUCCACAUGUACUGUAUCUCACUCGUUUUAGGGGGUGCAACCGUGUUUAGAAGAGUCGGUAUCUUCAUUCCUAUGUCUUAGUAUCAUGCUUAUCAUGAACUGUUAAAGCUCUUCUUGUAGAUUUUUUUUUUCAUUUGCAGCUCAGUUUUGUGUGAGAAAAAGUAUAUUAUUGUAGACUAUAUUAUUGAUCAUAAAACAUUAUAUGCACUGAAAUAACAUGAGUAACUUGCUUUUUACUGAUAUUGUACACAUUGUGGGUCUUUUGGGUGCGAGAUAAUGUCUCUGGAUCCACUGUUGAAACAUUUGUAAAUAAUUCAUAGAUAAUACUAUGUAUAUAUGAAUAUUUCAACAUUAUAUAUGAGUGUAUAGCAUGUGAAUUAAGCCUUCCAAGUCUAGAUUUCAUAUAAAUGUAUAUUGUAUAUUUAUGUUGGCUUACCAUGAAUAUAAUUUUAACAAGCAUGGCAUAAUCAUUUUGAUUUUUUUUGUACAAUUCCUUUGUACUUUUUGUUCUUUUGUUUGUUCUGCUAUUGUGUUUAAUUGAUUGGCGUGAAGUGUGAUGGGCUAUACCUAUCGGAAGGUGAUGCACAUUGACUUCUGUAUUUCCUUUGUCUUUUCUCUUAUGCAUAGCAGUGUUCAUGAGCCUUCCAAAUAGUGGACACAAAAAAAAAUCAACAGACAAGAAAUAUUGUAGCAAACAGACCCUUUGUGAUUGCUUACAUGUCAAAGGCAAUUCCAAGGUCACUCUUUUUUGUACAUUUGAUAGUGUUGGAUAUUUCUUGUGUUUGCUGCAAAUAUUUUAUUGAAGGCCAUUUUCAUUACUUUAGCCAUUUAUAAUAAGAGAGAGGAAAGAGACAAAGCAGUUUGUAUCACCAAGUUUGUCUAUGCUUCAUACAGCUUAACUAGCAUUAUAUUUUUGUUUGUUUGUUUGUUAGUUUGUUUUUCUUUUAACAGCUUGUAAUAAUGAUUUUGUUUGCUUUAAAAAACAAUAUAUUUGACCUCUCUUUUUUCAGAACAGUCUGGGAAACUACAGCAGUUUUCUUUGCUUUAUCAUAUAACAGUGUAAUGAGCAGAGGAUUUGAACUAUGCUAUGACUUUUUAUUUUGAAUUUUUCUUUGCUUCGUAGCUCCAUGAGUAGUUGGCAUUAAAGCAUGUACUCUGUUCUCUCCGUUUAUGACUUGGUCGAACCUGGUCAUUUGAUAGUAUCUGUGUGUGAGAUUCAAUCACAAAUGUUAAUGACAGUGCUGAAAAGAGUCACCUUUCUUUGUUCUUUAAAGGUAAACGGCAUUAUGAAAAAACAUUGUUCACUCUAUUUUGUUUUUAACUUAACUUCUUUCACAGCUUUUAAGCAAGUAAAAUUUAAGUAAAGUUAUUUCAAAGGAUAUUCUUCAGCUUUUGUUUCACCUGAGUUUGGUUAAUGAUUGGCAUUCUUUAUUCUUUAUAAACUUAAAGCCAGGACAACCUACAUGUAUAUGUGUGGAUUUUGGGCAUUUAUAGUGUUGCGAGCUAGCACAAACUUUGCACAUUGUAUGAAGGUAUGACGACGAUAGAACUGCGUACCAUUUAAAAGAGCAAAUGGGUUUUAACUUCGUAGUACUUGACAACAGUUUCAAAACAUAUGAUAUAUUACUUAUCUACCAUACAUUUUGUUUUCACCAUAUUGCUUCUGGUGUUCUGCAUAAUAUAACAAAUUAGCAGCUGCAAAUCUGUUUUUAACCAAAACUUUGAAAUCUAGUACCUGUAAUUAUAAUUUCUCAUGCAUUGUUACGGUCCAUGAAGAUAUUUUCCAAUUUCUUUUUGAAUAGCGAUACAAUCGUUUGGAGGAAAGCUGGAAUUUCCUGGAAAAAAUUUGAGAUGAGUAGAUCUCUUCAAUACUUUUCUUUCAUCUCUCUAUUUUUUGCUUUUGCCCAUUAAAUAGGUCUUAAUUGCCAAAAAUAGGUUUCAAUGAAGUGAAAAGAAAAACAUACUGUCCCAAAUAGCAGUAUUAUGCCAUGAAUGUAUUUGAAUAACAACAUCUUCUGUUUUUGUCGGUAUAAUUGAGUUCUGAAUAGAUUGGAGAAAAAAAUAUCUGCUACUGCAAGGCAAGACCUCCUUAAUUUGUUGAUCAAAUUUAGGAAAUUUAUCGAUAUAUACAUGUAUGUAUAUAUUUUGCGCAUUUAUGUAAAUGCAAAUGAGUUCAAUUAGUUACCAACUCUUGUAAUUAUGCCCAUUUUAUUGGUUAUACAAUGUGUUUGAUUUUUGUUAUUGAACACAUCUGACUAAUUUGUAAAGUUUUUUCCCCCUUUUGUUAAAAUUGUACAAAUACAAAUAAACUAUUUUAUGAUUGUACAAGUAUGAUACAUAUUAUAUGUGAAAGAAAACUACAAAAUAAAGUGAAAUGCACUAAGGCAAUCCUGAUAAAAAAAA